AUGAUCGGUGCAUCCAAGUGGAAACAGGCCCAGGUCACCUCUCCUAACCCCCGGACCCUGGGCCAGGAGGUCAAGAGUGAUGAGUCAGAGAGGGGCUGCAAUGGGAGAAAACUGAAGAAGGUCUCCUCUGCACUCACCUUGUUGCUACUGCUGGAAGGAGGAAUGUUCUCAUCCCCUGCACCACCCUCGGGACUUCUGACGAAGGUCUUCCAGUACAUUGAUGGACAUCAGGAGGAAUUUGUACAGACGCUUAGGGACUGGGUAGCUGUGGAGAGUGAUUCUGUCCAACCUGUGCCUCGGCUCAGACGGGAAAUCUUUAAAAUGAUGGACAUGGCAGCGGACAAACUCCGGCGCCUGGGAGCCAGCGUGGACUGUGUGGACAUGGGCACUCAGCAGUUUCCUGAUGGUCAGAAUCUUCCAAUUCCUCCCAUCAUCCUAGCUGAACUGGGGAACGACCCAAAGAAACCCACCGUGUGCUUUUACGGUCACUUGGAUGUGCAGCCAGCCAAUAAGGAGGAUGGAUGGCUGUCAGACCCAUACACGCUGACAGAGGUGGAUGGAAAGCUUUAUGGACGAGGAGCAACAGACAACAAGGGCCCUGUUCUAGCUUGGAUCAAUGCUGUGAGCGCUUUCGGAGCUCUGGGGCAGGAACCCCCAGUGAAUGUUAAGUUCAUCAUUGAAGGGAUGGAAGAGGCCGGUUCUAUUGCUCUGGAGGAAGCUGUCCAGAGAGAAACAGACCGUUUCUUCUCCAACGUGGACUACAUCGUCAUUUCCGACAAUCUGUGGCUUAGCAGGAGGAAGCCCGCACUCACCUACGGGACCCGAGGGAACAGCUACUUCACGGUGGAGGUGGCGUGUAGAGACCAGGAUUUCCACUCAGGUACCUUUGGUGGCAUCCUUCACGAGCCCAUGGCAGACUUGGUUGCCCUUCUCGGGAGCCUUGUCGAUACGUCUGGCCAGAUCCUGAUUCCAGGAAUCUAUGACAGUGUGGCACCAGUCACAGAGGAGGAGAGAAACAUGUAUGAGGCCAUUGAGCUGGACCUCAGAGAGUACCGGAAUAGCACCCAGGUCAAGAAAUUUCUAUUUGACACCAAGGAGGAAAUUCUAAUGCACCUGUGGAGGUACCCAUCGCUUUCCAUCCAUGGGAUUGAGGGUGCAUUUGAUGAGCCUGGAGCGAAAACAGUCAUUCCUGGGCGAGUUGUGGGGAAGUUUUCCAUCCGUCUGGUCCCUCACAUGAAUGCAUCCAUGGUGGAGAAACAGGUGAAGCAGUAUCUUGAAGAUACCUUCUCUAGAAGAAACAGUUCCAACCAAAUGACUGUUUCUAUGGUGUUGGGAAUCCAGCCAUGGAUCGCAAAUAUAAAAGAUACCCAGUAUGUGGCAGCAAAACAAGCCAUCAGAACGGUGUUUGGAAUAGAGCCUGAUAUGAUUCGGGAUGGAUCAACCAUUCCAGUUGCCAAAAUAUUUCAGGAUAUCAUCCAGAAGAGUGUGAUGAUGCUUCCACUGGGGGCCGUUGAUGAUGGAGAACAUUCUCAGAAUGAAAAAAUCAACAGGUGGAACUACAUAGAGGGAUCCAAAUUGUUCGCUGCCUUUUUCCUAGAGAUGGCCAAACUGCAUUAA